AUGCAGGGUGCAGCCCGUGCCUAUGGAUCUAUGACAAUAGCUCUCUUGAAGGAGGAACUAAGGAGGCGAAACGCCAAAACAUCUGGCAGAAAAAAGGAACUCGUCGAGAGACUUGAGUGCUACGACAGAAAUUUUAAUUUCGGCCAAGGAUGUGAUUUGGAGGAGUCCGAGGAGGUGUAUACUUUUUCUAUGCCCAACUUGUCAACAUACAAGGACGUAAAUAGAGACAGCCAGAUUCCACAUGUAACAAAUGACACCCUGAAGGCCUUCAUACAACAGUUUGGGAAGUCUGAAGAUGGCAAGCCAGAGGCGAUGUAUCGGGACAGGUUUCUUCUCUCAUUGCGUCACAGCAGCGAGGGUGACCAUAUAUACAUAGCAGCUAGAGUUGCAGCAGAAAUGAAGAAGACGUUGGUAUACAAAGUAGAUGUAAAGUUAGACAAGUAUGGGGUAGUGCAGGAAACUCAGUGUGAGUGUUCUGUUGGUAUUGGCCCUAAUGCUCACUGUAAGCAUGUCGGUCUGGCUCUGUUUGCCCUUACUAAAUAA